AUGUCAGCAAAUGCAUCUAGCUCACAGCUUACUGUUGGGUUAAGUGGCUCUGGUGGACUGUCCCAUGCAUACGUUCAGUAUCCUCCCUUAAAAUGUAAUCUGCCAGGAUCAAGGGGUUUGUAUUAUGAUGAUGCAAAUAAAUUGCUUCUCUCUCCGACUUCUGAUCAGGUUUUUUCAUGGAAAACUGUUCCCUUUUCUCCUCAUGUUGCUGCUACUGCCGACUACAUAAAUGAAGGCCCCGUCUUAUCUAUCCGAUAUUCUUUGGAUGCAAAGUCCAUAGCAGUCCAUCGGUCUAAUCAGGAAAUACAGUUCUUUCAAAGGGAAACACGAGAAACAUUUACUCACAUGUGCAAGUCGGAAUCAGAGAGCAUACUAGGAUUUUUUUGGACAGAUUGCCCAGUUUGUGAUUUGGUGGUUGUCAAAACCAGUGGUCUGGAUUUGCUUACUGUCAGCUUUACUUCGAAAUCAGUUAACUUGGUAGAGACAAAGAAGUUGAGUGUGAACUGGUAUGUUUAUACACAUGGCAGUCGAUUGGUUCUUCUUGCUUCAGGAAUGCAAUGCAAGACCCUUACCGGAUUCCAGCUUUCAUCAGUGGGAAUCGUACGUUUGCCAAGGUUUGAGAUGGUAAUGGCUAAAUCUGAUGCUAACAGUAAGCCUGUCCUAGCUGCUGAAGAUGUUUUUAUCAUUACCGUCUAUGGAAGGAUAUAUUGCUUGCAAAUUGACAGAGUUGCAAUGCAGCUCCACUCGUAUAGGUUUUAUCGUGAUGCUGUCGUUCAACAGGGUUCCCUGCCAAUGUUCUCAAGCAAGAUCUCUGUUAGUGUGGUUGACAAUGUCCUACUCGUUCAUCAAGUAGAUGCAAGAGUUAGUAUACUGUAUGACAUAUUUGAAGAUUCUCGAGCCCCUAUAUCUGCCCCUCUUCCUCUGCUGCUUAGAGGUUUACCUCAAUCCCAUACUGGCCGGCCAGUUAAUGCGGGUGAAAGUUUAGAUCGAAACUCAAGUAAUCACGAAUUGAUGUUUUAUGGAGACGACUGGACCUUUCUGGUCCCCGACCUUAUAUGUGAUGUUGCUAGCAAGUCAGUAUGGAAGAUUCAUCUGGACUUAGAGGUUAUCUCCUCAAGCAGCUCUGAAGUUCCAUCAAAUCUAGAAUUCUUGCAGAGAAGGAAGCUGGAAGCAAGCAAGACUAAACAGUUGUGUUUGGCAAUAACACGUGCCUUUAUCUUGGAAAGGAGGCCAGUAACCAUGGUUUCAAAAGCAAUAGACGUGUUAGUCUCAUCUUACUCCCAUUCCGUAAAAACAUGUAGCAAUCUCAAAGAAACAAAAGUGGAUGAAGCCUCAGCUUCUGUUGGGACAAAUGCCAGUAACUCAAGUAGAUCAGCGAAAGAUGAGUCUAGGGUUGGUGUCGGGGACAAAUCCUUUAAUCUUUCAGCUUCAGAUUCAGAUGAUCAAUCACGGGAAAUAGACUCCAGAGAUCUUCAGAAAUCAGGGAAGGAGAACUUACUAGGUGCUGAAAGCUCUAGGGGUGAAGUCCAGUCAUCAUCUUUAUACACUCAGCAACUUGGAUUGGGUAAUAAUCAAUUAAAUGCUAACAAUUCCGAGAGGCAGGAUUCUCAGCUUACUUCACCGGCAAUUUCACCUGAUGAGAUGUAUAGUUGUGUGUUUGUUCCUGUUGGAGAAAAGAUCGUGGGAGAUCCCUCAUACUUGGUUGCCAUAAUAGUCGAGUUCCUUCGAAGCACGAAUUCAGAGAAGAUUAAGGUUCGUCCAAACAUAUAUGUGUUCACUAUACAGCUUCUAGUACGCUAUGAAAGGUUUGCAGAGCUGUCCCUAUUGAUCAUAAACAAGGUUCUUGAACCCUCAAAGGAAGUGGCAAUGCAGCUCUUGGAAUCAGGUCAUCAGAAUCCUCAAACGAGGAAGCUGGCCUUCGACAUGUUGCGACAGCUCUCUUUGCAUCACGAUUAUGUGACUUUGCUUGUGCAAGAUGGUUGUUAUCUUGAAGCUUUGCGUUACGCAAGGAAGCAUAAGGUGACAAGUGUCCGUCCCUCGCUGUUUCUUGAAGCGGCACUGGCUAGUAAGGAUUCGCAACAUCUGGCUGCAGUGCUGAGAUUCUUUUCAGACUUCAUCGCCGGGUUUAGAAACACUCCAGAGUACCAAGAUUACUUCCGUAUCCUCAACGAGAUGAACACUGGUCUAGCUGUUUGA